CGAAUCCUCAAGACCUCAAGAUGGUACGUUACGCCGCCGCCGCCGUUGCCACAAACCCCGAAAAAACUUCGCGCGCCCGCGGGGAGUACCUGCGCACUCACUUCAAGAACAUGCGCGAGGUGGCAGCCGCCUUGACCGGUCUCAAGCUGACCAAAGCCUAUGCUUACCUUGGAGACGUUGCCGAGCAUAAGCAAAUUAUUCCCUUCCGUCGGUUCGCCGGUGGUGUCGGCCGCGCUAGCCAGGCCAAGCAGUUCAAGGCGACACAAGGUCGCUGGCCCGAGAAGUCGGUCAAGUUCAUUAGCCGCCUCCUAAAGAACGCUGAGUCGAACGCGGAUGCGAAGAACUUGGAGCUGGAGGAUCUGUAUAUCAAGAGCAUUGUUGUUCAGCAGGCCCCAAAAACCCGCCGCCGCACCUACCGUGCGCACGGUCGCAUCAACCCUUACCAGGGCCACCCUUGUCAUGUCGAGAUAAUUCUCUCCGCUUCUGAUGCUGAGGUUGAGCGGGCGAAGGACAAGGACGUUGUUGCCAAGUCGUCGUUGAGUGGGCUCAACAGGCGGCAGGUCGCUCGCAGGCGGAUCGAGGCUGCGCGCACAUAAACUUGCGGCCACAUAUCUGUAGAUUUGGGUCUGAUACGUCAAGACAGCAGGCUGGGAAUGCGGUUAUGCUGACGCGAUGAGUUCUCCUUCCUAUUGUCCUAUCCAUGUACAUACACUAUCGUUAUGUCAUGCUCUUAACGAAGCGACU